AUGGCUGCAAAAAGGGGUAAUCUUCCAGAACCUGGGCCUUCCGGUAUCAAGAAACCUUAUUCGUCGGUAGCUAAGGGUAAAUCUGCAAUCAUUCAACCGAAAGAUACCACCCAAGCUGUGCAAACUACCAAAUCAGAUUUACUUCAAUAUGUUGAUCCAGUUUCUGAAAAUUUAAAUAUAUCUGGAGUGAAGAAUACAAGGAAUGGUGGCAUGCUGGUAGGCUGUUCGUCUGAUGAUGAUAGUCGGAGGUUGAGGCAGAUAGCUGUCGAAAAAUUGGCUGAUAAAUAUGAAAUUAAAGGUAUCCAGCUUUCAUCCUAGAGUGCGUAUCGCAGGCAUGACUUGUAAACUGUCUGAAGGUGAUGUUAUCAAGUCCAUUCGUGCACAGAAUAAGGAAGCGUUUACUGAACAUUCUCAAUGUAAGGUGGUUGAAAUCAAG